AGUAAAGUAUUGAAAAGCGAAAAAAACAAAAAAAAUUCAGCCGGCACAAGACAAACCCCGCGCAGCAAUAGCAAAACCAUUCCCUCCCAUCAACCAGACCAGCCGCCGCCUCGCACACCACACCAGCAGCUUCCAUCUUUCUCACCUACUACACCGCUCACAUCUCUGCUUCACCCGAUACUGAAGAGACACCGAUUCUCAGGGUAAAAGCCAUAUAAUCCUUUUCUAACUCAGAGAAUCAGAAUGUUAAAACCUGGUAGCUCGAUGGGAAUGCCAACCAAAACAAAGUUCGAAGAACCUGAAUCUUCGUCUUCUGAGGAUGAGGAGGAGAUAGAGCAGGCGCUUGCAGAUGUGACAUUUGGGGAACUGCAGAAGGCACGCUCGAACGGGUCACAUUUAGUGCACCUUAAGCCUAAAGAACAGAAGAAGGGUGGCCGGGCGAACAAGAACCGACCGAUGGAGGUUACUUGCACGAAGCCUGUCCCUAGAUUUCGAGAAGUCAUUCAAGGUUCAAAAAAGGUGGUACGGGACCCACGUUUCGAAUCUUUAUGUGGAGAACUUGAUGUUGACCGGUUUAGGAAGAAAUAUCGCUUUUUAUUUGAGGAGGAGCUUCCUGCCGAAAAAGAGGAACUACAGAAGCAAAUCAAGAAAUCUAAGGACCCAGAAACCAUUGAAGAACUAAAGAAACACAUAUCUUUGAUUGAUAAACAGCUAAAAUCUGAUUCAAAGCAUACUGAAGCUGCAAUACUGACUGAGCACAAGAAAAAAGAGAGAAAAGCAGCAAAGGAAGGGAAGCAACCCUUUUUCCUUAAGAAAUCUGAGAUCCGAAAGAAAAGACUCGUGGAGAAGUAUAAACAACUCAAGGCAUCUGGCAAGCUCGAAGCCUUCAUUGAGAAAAGGCGCAGGAAGAAUGCAGCAAAGGACCACAGAUACAUGCCAUACCGCAGGCCCGACGCUACCGAGUAGCAAGUUUAAAGGUUUAUUUUGGUUUCAUAGGAGCAGAGUAAAUUUGAUUUUAUCUUUACUAGCUAGGUGGGCACUGCGGUGACCCUGGGUAGUGACGAACAUCGGGUGUUUCCUUGGACAGCUGUAACGUUAAAGUUUUAUUUUUCUUAAGGUAAUGAAACACUAAAGAAAAUCAUUUUGGUUCUA